ACAAAUAAGCAUAUCAACAUGGCAUUCCGAUUCAUUUUUGUCUUUAUUGCCACAUUCGUCCUGGCUCAAGGAUCGAUUAUUUCACCAGUCGAGCAGGAGUCUCUCGUGGGGCUGCACCACUCUGGAGUGGUUUCAUCUGGAGCUCCUGUUGUUGGGGUCCCUCGCGGCCAUUCAGCUGCUCCUCAGCCGCAACGCCCCGUCUCUGGUCAUGGAUCCCUCGCCGGUCCAGUUGGAGGAUCUCGUCGAGUGAGUGGAGCGGGAGUAGCAGGAUCUCGUCCUCAUGGUGGUGCCCCUCGACGUCCUUCUGCUGGCGCCCAUGGUCGUCCAAUUGGAGGAGGUGCCCACGCUGGUCGUCCCAUCGGAGGUGGAGUUGCCCAUGGAAAUGCUCACCAGAAUCGCAAUCGCAACCAGAAACCCUAUUAG